AUGCUUGUCGUCAUAAACCUUAUCAUUCCAAAUGUUCAGAAUGUUGUGAAGCUCCCGAUGUCAACAUUAUAUGUGUUUCACCAGUUUUGCCAACUUUUAAUAAAAGUGGCAUUAUUCGUUGUGUGGGUGAAGGCUAUUUGCAUGCAGAUUCUCAACUACAAACAUCAGAUUCUCAUUCACCAACAUCAGAUAAUAGCUAUGGUUCUGGUUUUUGUGAAUAA